AUGUGUUCCGUUCGUAUUGGCAAUGCGCACCAAAGACUUUCUUUUGCUCUUACCUCCUUUUCUUCUUUUUCUUUCCUUCCUCUUUUCUUUGCCUUUUUUCUUUCCUUCCUCUUUUCUUUGCCUUUUUUCUUUCCUUCGUCUUUUCAUUGCCUUUUUUCUUUCCUUCAUCUUUUCAUUGCCUUUUUUCUUUCCUUUCUCUUUUCUUUGCCUUUUUUUCCUUUCUCUUUUCUUUGCCUUUUUUCUUUCCUUCAUCUUUUCUUUGCCUUUUUUCUUUCCUUCAUCUUUUCAUUGCCUUUUUUCUUUCCUUUCUCUUUCCUUUUUAUUUCUUUCCUUCCUUUUUCUUUUGCCUUUUUUCUUUCCUUCAUUUUUCUUCUUUUUUUCUUUUCCUUUUUUUUUCUUUCCCUUCAUCUUUUCUUUGCCUUUUUUUUUCCUUCAUCUUUUCUUUGCCUUUUUUUUUUUCCCUUUUUUUUUUUUUCUUUGCAUUUUUUUUACCUUUCCUUCAUCUUUUUCUUUUUUUUUCUUUCCUUUCUCUUUUCUUUGCCUUUUUUCUUUCCUUCAUCUUUUCUUUGCCUUUUUUCUUUCCUUCAUCUUUUCAUUGCCUUUUUUCUUUCCUUCCUCUUUUCAUUGCCUUUUUUCUUUCCUUUCUUUUCUUUUUUUUUUUCCUUUCUCUUUUUCUUUUUUUUUUUCUUUUCUUCUUUUCUUUUGCCUUUUUUUUCCUUCUUCUUUUGUUUUUCUUUUUUUCUUUCCUUCCUUUCAUUUUUUUUUUUCCUUUUUUUUCCCUUUUUCCUUUUUUUUUUCCUUUCUUUUUUUUUCUUUUUUCCUUUCUUUUUCUUUUUUUUUUCUUUCCUUCAUCUUUUCUUUGCCUUUUUUCUUUCCUUCAUCUUUUCAUUGCCUUUUUUCUUUCCUUCCUCUUUUCAUUGCCUUUUUUCUUUCCUUUCUCUUUUCUUUGCCUUUUUUUCCUUUCUCUUUUCUUUGCCUUUUUUCUUUCCUUUCUCUUUUCAUUGCCUUUUUUCUUUCCUUUCUCUUUUCUUUGCCUUUUUUCUUUCCUUCCCUCUUUUCAUUGCCUUUUUUUCUUUCCUUUCUCUUUUUUUGCCUUUUUUUUCCUUUCUCUUUUUAUUUGCCUUUUUUUCCUUUUCAUCUUUUUUCUUUGCCUUUUUUUCUUCAUCAUCUUUCAUUGCCUUUUUUUUUCUUUUCUUCCUUUUUCAUUGCCUUUUUUUUUUCUUUUUCUUUUCUUUUUUUUUUUUUUUUUCCUUUCUCUUUUCUUUGCCUUUUUUUCUUUCCUUCCUCUUUUUUUUGCUUUUUUUUUUUCUUUUCUUCUUUUGUUUGCCUUUUUUUCUUUCCUUCCUCUUUUCAUUGCCUUUUUUCUUUCCUUUCUCUUUCCUUUGCCUUUUUUUGCUUUUCUUUUGCUUUUUUUUUUUCCUUUCUCUUUUCUUUUUUUUUUCUUUCCUUCAUCUUUUUCUUUGCCUUUUUUUUUUUUCAUCUUUUCAUUGCCUUUUUUUCUUUCCUUCCUCUUUUUCAUUGCCUUUUUUCUUUUUCCUUUCUUUCUUUCCUUUGCCUUUUUUUUUCUUUCCUUUCUCUUUUCUUUUUUUUUUCUUUCAUCUUUUUCUUUUUUAUUUUUUUUUUCCUUCAUCUUUCAUUGCCUUUUUUUCUUUCCUUCCUUUUUCUUUGCCUUUUUUUUCUUUUUCUUUUCCUUUCUUUUUUUUCUUUUCUUUCUUUUUCUUUCCUUUUUUUUCUUUUCUUUUCCUUUUUUUUUUUUCCUUCCUUUUCAUUGCCUUUUUUCUUUCCUUUCUUUUCCUUUGCCUUUUUCUUUCCUUUCUCUUUUUGCCUUUUUUCUUUCCUUUUUUUCUUUGCCUUUUUCUUUCCUUCAUCUAUUCAUUGCCUUUUUUUCUUUCCUUCCUCUUUUUUUGCCUUUUUUUUUCCUUCAUCUUUUUCUUUGCCUUUUUUUUUCCUUCAUCUAUUCAUUGCCUUUUUUUUCUUUCCUUCCUCUUUUUCAUUGACUUUUUCUUUCCUUUUUCUUUUUUUGCCUUUUUUCCUUUCUCUUUUUCUUUUUUUUUUUUUUCCUUUUUCCUUUUUUUUUUAUUCCUUCAUCUUUUCAUUGCCUUUUUUUUUCCUUUCUCUUUCCUUUUUUUUUUCCUUUUUUUUCAUUGCCUUUUUUCUUUCCUUCAUCUUUUUCAUUGCCUUUUUUUUUCCUUCAUCUUUUCUUUGCCUUUUUUCUUUCCUUCAUCUUAUCUCUCCUUUUUUCUUUCCUUCAUCUAUCUUUCCCUUAUAUCUCUCCUUCACCUUUUUUCUUCAUAUUUUUCUUUUCUUCAUCUUUUUCAUCUUUUUUCUUUCUUUCAUCUUAUCUCUUCCUUUUUUCUUUCAUCUUUUAUAUUUCUUUUUCCUUCAUCUUUUAAAUUCUUUAUCCUUCAUCUUUUCUCUUCCCUUUUUUUUCAUAUUUUCUCUUCCUUCUUUCUUUCUUUCAGUUUCUCUCUCUUUUUUCUUUCCUUCAGCUUCUUUCUUCUUUUUUCUUUUCAUUCACCCUCUCUCUUUUUUCCUUUAGCUUUUCUCUUCUUUUUUUCUUUCCUUCAGUUCCUCUCUUCUUUUUUCUUUCCUUCAGCUUCUCUCCUCCUUUUUUCUUUCCUUGAUCUUUUAUAUUUCUUUUUUCCUUCAUCUUUUAUAUUCCUUUUUCCUUCAUCUUUUCUCUUCGUUUUUCAUUCAUCUUUUCACUUCCUUUUUUCUUUCUUUCAGCUUCUCUCUUCUUUUUUCUUUCCUUUCUGCUUUCUUCAUUUUGUAUUUUCUCUCUCUCUCUCUCUCUCCCUCUCUUUCUCUUUCUCCCUCUAUUAUGGGAUUUACCUUUAUUUUUUAUACUCAUUCCAUGUGAUUGAUUUCUUUCUUUCUCUUAUUGAUUCAUUCACUCUUUUUGUUAGUCCUCUAUAUUUAAGAUUGUUUCUUUCAUUUUUUAUUGAAUAUUUCAUUUUUUUCUUCACACGUUUAACUUUCUUCGUAUCUUUCUUUCUUUCUUUUUUUAAUAUCUGCUUUUUAUCACAUUUUUCGAUGCUUGUUUUUAUUCUUUUUUUAUCUUUCCUUUUUUCUUUCUUUCUUUAUCCUUCUCACACUCUUCUCUGUUUAACAUUCUUUCUUUCUUUCAUUCUUUCUUUCUUUUUUCUUUCAUAUUAUCUUUCUUUCAUUCUUUCUUUCUUUUUUUUUUCAUAUCUUUCUUUCAUUCUUUCUUUCUUUUUUCUUUCAUAUUAUCUUUCUUUCAUUCUUUCUUUCUUUUUUCUUUCAUAUUAUCUUUCUUUCAUUCUUUCUUUUUCAUUUAUCUUUUACUUUUAUCUUUUUUUCAUCUUUUUUCCCAUUCACUUUUUUUUUUUCUUUUGUUUCAUUCUUUCUUUCAGUUUGUUGUCACAAAUAAGAGGCUCCUUUCAUUCAUUCUCAGAUUAUUACAUUUCAUUCUUUCUUUUCAUUUCUGAUUACACAGAUUCCCAUUUUGUCAUUUCAUUCUUUUCUUAUUUGGUGGAUUCCCAUUUCUUUCAUCCAAUUCUUUUGUUCAUUCUUUUUGGUGGGUCAUUCUUUGUUUCUUUUUUUCUUUUCAUAUUAUCUUUCUUUGACAUUCUUCAUCCAAUUCUAUUUUUUCAUAUUUGGUGGGUUUUUUCAUUCUUUCUUUUCUUUUUUCUGAUUACACAUAUUCCCCAUUUCUUUCAUUCCAAUUCUAUUGUUUUUUAUUUGGUUCAUUUGCAGUUUGUUGUUUUCUUUUCAUAUUAUCUGAUUACACAGAUUCCCAUGACACCGUCCCUUUUCAUAUUAUCUGAUUACUUUCCCAUUUUUUUUCCAAUUCUAUUGUUCUUCAUUUUGGUGGGUUUGCAGUUUGUUGUCACAAAUAAGAGGCCUUUUUCUUAUUAUCUUUUUUUUCAUGACACUGUUCUUUUCCAAUUCUUUUGUUUUUUUUUUGGGUCAGAAGGAUUGCAGUUUGUUGUCACAAAUAAGAGGCUUUUUCAUAUUGAUUACUUUCCCAUGACACUUUUUCAUUCUAUUUUUCUCAUUUUGGUGGGUCAUUGCAGUUUGUUUCACAAAUUUUUUUCUGAUUCUUUCUUUUUCUUUUUUUCUUUCAUUUUUUAUCUUUCAUUCCCAUUCUUUUAUUGUUUUUCUUUUGAGGCUUUCUUUUCAUUUUUUUACUUUCCCAUGAUUAUCUUUCUUUUCAUUCUUUCUUUUCAUUUAUCUUUUUUUUUUUUUCUUUCAUUUUUUCUUUCUUUUUUGUUUUCAAAUAAGAGGCUCCUUUCGUAUUAUUUUCCCAUUCUUUCAUCCAAUUCUUUGUUUUCAUAUUUGGUCUUUCAGUUUGUUGUCACAAAUUUCUUUUCAUAUUAUCUUUACACAGAUUCCCUUUCACCGUGUUGUCAUCCAAUUCUAUUGUUUCAUAUUUGGUUUCAGAAGGAUUGCUUUGUUGUCUUUAAGAGGUCUUUUUCAUAUUAUCUUUACUUUCAUUCCCAUCUUUCUUUUUUUCAUCCAAUUUAUCUUUUUUUCAUUUUUCUUUCUUUUUUGUUGUCACAAAUAAGAGGCUUUCUUUUCAUUUAUCUGAUUACACAGAUUCCUUUUCACCUUUCAUCAUCAUCCAAUUCUAUUUUUUUUAUUUGGUUUCUUUCAUUGCAGUUUGUUUCACAAAUAAGAGGCUUCUUUUCAUAUUAUCUUUCUUUCAUUCUUUCUUUCUUUUUUCAUCCAAUUUGUCUUAUUUUUGACACCGUUCCAAUUUUUCUUUCUUUAUUUUUUUCAUUUUUCAUAUUAUCUGAUUUUCCCAUGACACCGUGUUUCUCAUCCAAUUCUUUCUUUCUUUUUCAUAUUUUUCAUAUUAUCUUUUUUUCAUUCCCAUCUUUCUUUCAUUUUGUUUUUCAUAUUUGGUGGGUCAUCUUUCUUUCAUUCUUUCUUUUUUUUUUUUUCAUUAUUUGA